AUGCAGGUGAUCUGGACAAUCGUCUCGGUGGCCUGCCUAGUGGCGAGUCCAGGACUGGCCGCCAUCAAAGACCUCAGUUCGCACUUUAGUCACCCAAACCCGGACCCCAGAAGCUUCCAGGCAAACGGCGGAGGGGAUAUAGAAGACAUCCCUUUAGAUUUCCACAAAGAAAACACCAUCACCAACGACCUGGUUUUUGAUGGCUUUGAGGACCAAGAUUACAUCGAUUUUGAUAAGAUCCUGUCUGCGGGCAGUGAUGACUACAUUGAAGGGGAUGAAAUUGACGAGAUUGCCACUCCCGCCCCGGAUAUCGACAUAUUCGCCGAACCAUCGGACCCGAAGAUUCGUCGCGCCAGACUCCUGCGGCUCUUUCACGGUCGUUCGCGCCUCCAACGCCUCAGCAUCGCCAACGCCGUCUUCGGCUUUAACCUCUAUCGGAGUCUCCGCAAUGACGUCAACCAGAGCGAAAACAUUCUGCUCGCGCCCGCUGGGAUCUCCAUCGCCUUGGGGAUGAUGUCUUUAGGAGCCGGACCGGGAACCCACGAUCAGAUCUACAAAGUUCUGGGAUUCGCUGAAUUUGUCAACGCGAGCACUCAUUAUGACAACAUCACGGUACACAAGCUUUUCAGGAAGUUGACACACAGGCUGUUUCGGAGAAACUACGGCUACACGCUACGCUCCGUUAACGAUGUCUACGUGAAGAAGAACGUCUCGAUGAAAGACACCUUCCGUGCGGAGACGAAGGCGUACUACUUCGCAGAACCCCAGUCGGUGGACUUCAGGGAUCCUGCCUUUUUGAACAAGGCAAACCGCCGCAUUUCAAAGAUCACUAAGGGACUCAUCAAGGAGCCGCUCAAGAGCGUAGACCCAAAUAUGAUACUCAUGCUGCUCAACUACCUUUACUUUAAAGGCACAUGGGAACAGAAAUUUCCAAAAGAGAUGACCCAUUACCGCAACUUCCGAGUGAACGAGAAGACAAACGUACGAGUGCCGAUGAUGACCAACAAGGGGAACUACCUGGCCGCUGCCGACCACGAGCUUGACUGUGACAUCCUACAACUCCCGUACACGGGAAACAUCAGCAUGCUCAUUGCCUUGCCGAGGAAGAUUACAGGUAUGAGGACUUUGGAGCAGGAGAUCUCGCCGACAGUUGUCAACAAGUGGCUCAAAAACAUGACAAACAGAACGCGUGAGGUGGUGCUACCUCGCUUCAAACUGGAACAGAACUACGACUUGAUUGAGAACCUCAAGGAGAUGGGUCUCACUGACCUGUUUCACGAUGGCGGAGACUUUUCUGGAAUGACUUCAGAUAAGGUUGCAUUGAACUGGCUUAAGCAUCAAGGAACCAUCACUGUGAAUGAGGAAGGCACGGAGGCAGCUGCUCUGACCCAGGUGGGCUUCAUGCCCCUCUCCUCCCAGAUCCGCUUCAUAGUAGACCACCCUUUCCUCUUCCUCAUCUACGAGCACCGUACGGACUGCGUUGUGUUCAUGGGCAGAGUGGUCAACCCGUCACAGAACUAA